GGCUUCUUUUCUACUAUAUCCUGCGUGGUAUCGAUUUGAAGGUCUCUUUUCCUCCCGGCAUUCCGAGUAGAAAACAGUAAAUCGCAUUCAGCAUGUCUCCUCCUAUGACAGAAUUUGCAACUCGUGCUAUUCACGAUGGGCAGGAUCCCCAAAAGUGGAGUCACAAAGCUGUCAUUCCUCCAAUAUCUCUAGCUACUACAUUUCAACAACAUGCUCCUGCUGAACAUUCGGGUUUUGAAUACUCCAGAAGUGGUAAUCCUACUAGACAAUGCUUAGAAGAAAGUUUGGCUUCUCUAGAAAAUGCAAAAUAUGCUUUAUGUUUUGCAUCUGGAUUAGCAGCAACCUUAUCUACAACCUAUCUUCUUAAAACUGGAGAUCAUAUUAUCUGCUUUGAUGACUUGUAUGGAGGAACUAACAGACUUUUCAGAACCUGUGCUGCUAAUAUGGGAAUUGAAACAUCAUUUGUAGAUAUGCGUGACUUAAAGAAUGUUGAAAAUGCUAUCAAGCCUAAUACUAGAAUGGUUUGGAUUGAAACUCCAACUAAUCCAACGAUGAAGAUGGUUGAUCUUGAUGGUGUUUCUAAGAUAUUGAAAAAUCAUCCUGAAAUUGUUUAUGUUGUAGAUAAUACUUUUAUGUCACCAUUUUUCCAAAAACCACUUGAUCAUGGUGCUCAUAUUGUUAUUCAUUCCCUGUCUAAGUAUAUUAAUGGCCAUUCUGAUGUUGUCAUGGGAGCUCUUGCUACAAGUGAUGAAGAACUCUACAAAAAAAUGAAGUAUUAUCAGAAUUCUUUAGGUACUGUGCCUUCACCAUUUGACUGUUUCUUGGUAAACAGGGGCUUAAAAACAUUGCAUUUAAGGAUGGAAAGGCAUAUGCAGAAUGGACAAAAAGUUGCUGAAUUUUUAGAACAACAUAAGGCAGUUGAAAGAGUUCUGUAUCCUGGCUUGAAAAGUUAUCCACAAUAUGAAUUGGCACAGAGACAAUGUACUGGUACUAGUGGAAUGGUUUCAUUUUACAUCAAGGGUGGACUUACAGAGGCUCAAAAAUUCAUUAAAAGUUUGAAAGUGUUCCUAUUAGCAGAAAGCUUAGGAUCUGUCGAAAGUCUUGCUGAAAUACCCUCUCUAAUGACUCAUGCAUCAGUGCCUAGUGAUCAGAGAGAAAAAUUAGGAAUAAGUGAUAAUUUAAUCAGAUUAUCUGUAGGAGUGGAAUCUAUCAAUGAUCUUAUAGCCGAUUUGGAUCAAGCAUUAGCCGUUGCACAAAAACCUUAGUUUACAGUCUGUGAUCGAAAUUAAAUAAAGAAUAAGAAAAGGACACAUUGACCUGCUUGAAUUAAGAGAAAAUGCCUCCUCCUUUGUAACAUUCCUAUUUCUUGUAGGAAGUAGUAUAUUUUUUAUUCUUUAUAUUCAUCAAAUGAAUUUUGCAAUUAAACUGUGUAUUUUUUAAAUAAAAGAUACCAUGUGUUUA